AUGCUCCAUGAACACUCGGACUCGAUCAGUUCGCAGGCUGCCCGCAUCCGGCAAGUCCAAGACACAUGGCGCACACUCGGCCAGCACAUAGUGUCCCUCGCACUUGGCCAGGAGUGGAUAUCGUUCUCCGCCCGCUCCGAUCACCUCCUCGACCCUGAGACGCCGCCGCGCAACCCCGAAGCCAUCAACUAUUCCUCCAAAAAAGACCCUUCGGUGAUCGCCGCGCACAAAGGCUACCUCGAGCGCAAGAAGCGCUCCACGCGCAUGUACCGCGAGUCUUACUAUGUCCUCACCCCCACCGGCUUUUUGCUCGAGUACUCGUCCUCCGACCCAACACAGUCCACUUCUCCGCUCUUUAGCCUCUUUCUUCCUAUGUGCACGCUCAGCCACGUCUCCGCACCUACCGAGAAGUCGCACAAGUUCCACAUCGAGGGCAGGCACGACGGUUCUGGUACGACCAAGACAGGCUCGCUGCGGAUAUGCAGCGGCCAGCACGCGUGGAGCUUCUGUGCACGCAGCCACGAGGACAUGAUGGAGUGGUGGAACGACGUGCACAUGCUCUGCGAGUGUUAUCUCGUUGCCAGCGAGCACAUUGAGCGCAGCGGGCCAGUCGCCGCCGCCAUGCGUGCUGCCGGAUACCUCAGUGAGGAGGAGGGUGACGACGACGAAGGAAGCAGCGUCAAGGAGGAGCAGGAUGAUGGCGAGGGCGAAGAAGAAAUGCCGAGCCAACAGCAACAGGAGAAGGCGCCGGAGGGGCGUGCACCGCACGCGGGGGCGCUGGACGAUGGUGCGGGCCCGGCAGCGACGGAAGAGGGCAAGGUGGAGCCAAGUCAAAGCCGUCGCGGUGCGGCGUCGUCGCCUGGGCAGGCGCCGGUCGAAAAUCGGUUCACAGGGGGGCUAUGA